GGACGCCUCUUGAACCUCAGCUGUUCCACAGUGCCAACCUUCGUGCUGUCCAUCACAGCCACCACUCAGGCGCUGGCCUUGAUAGAGCUGUACAAUGCCCCCGAGGGCCGUUACAAGCAGGACGUCUACCUCCUGCCCAAGAAAAUGG